AUGCUGUGGCCGCGGCUGGCGGCGGCCGAGUGGGCGGCGCUGGCCUGGGAGCUGCUGGGCGCCUCGGUGCUGCUGAUCGCGGUGCGCUGGCUGGUGCGGCGGCUGGACAGACGGCCGCGGGGCCUGGGCCGGAGCGGGCUCCCCGACCCGCCGCCCUGCGCGGCCGCGGGCCCAGUCCCUGAUCCAGGUGAAAUGACAAUGGAUACCAUCUUGGCUCGAUUGAAACUCCUGAAUCCAGAUGACCUUAGAGAAGAAAUUAUCAAAGCUGGAUUGAAAUGUGGACCCAUUACAUCAACCACAAGGUUUAUUUUUGAGAAAAAGUUGGCUCAGGCUUUAUUAGAGCACAGUACACUGCCUUCCCAUCCUCCUGACCAUGCCACUGCAGGUGCCCCAGCCCUGGGCCAGGACACACAAAGCGUUGUGAAGUCUGCGGUAGGGAGCCCGACUGAGCGGGUCAGCUUUUCUGAAGACAGAGAUUUUGGUUAUAGUGUGGGCUUGAAUCCUCCGGAGGAAGAUGCCGUGACGUCUGAGACUUGCUCAGUGCCUUUCAGUGCCUUGGCCGGCAGCCACAAAGCCAUGCUGCGGGCCUCUGCAGAGCCGCCUCUAUACUAUGGGGUGUGCCCAGCGUACGAGGACGCCCCGGCGAGAAAUGAAAGGAUUCAUGUUUAUGAAGACAAGAAGGAAGCCUUGCAAGCUGUCAAAAUGAUCAAAGGAUCCCGAUUUAAGGCUUUUACAAGCAGAGAAGAUGCAGAGAAAUUUGCUAGAGGAACUUGUGAUUAUUUCCCUUCUCCAAGCAAAACCUCUUCACCACUUUCUCCUGUGAAAACAGUGCCGCUCUUUAGCAGUGGUGGGUUAAGAGAUGGGUUGUACUUGUCUGAUUCGGAAACAGCAAGCAAAGAGCGAGCAAACAGUUAUAAAAGUCCUCGUACACAAGAUCUCACGGCCAAACUUCGGAAAGCUGUUGAGAAGGGAGAGGAAGACACCUUUUCCGACCUCAUCUGGGGUAACCCCCGGUAUCUGAUUGGCUCGGGGGACAACCCGACCAUCGUACAGGAAGGAUGUCGGUACAACGUCAUGCAUGUUGCUGCCAAAGAGAACCAGGCUGCCCUGUGCCAGCUGACCCUGGAGACGCUGGAGAACCCCGAGUUUAUGCGGCUCAUGUACCCGGACGACGAGCCGCAUAUGCUGGAGAAACGCAUCUGCUACGUGGUGGACCUGUACCUCAACACCCCUGACAGAGUGGGCUACGACACACCAUUGCAUUUUGCUUGUAAGUUUGGAAACGCAGAUGUGGUCAAUGUGCUCUCUUCACACCCUUUGAUUGUAAAAAACCCAAGAAAUAAAUAUGAUAAAACACCUGAAGAUGUUAUUUGUGAAAGAAGCAAAAAUAAAUCUGUGGAACUGAAGGAGCGGAUUAGAGACUAUUUAAAGGGUCACUACUACGUGCCCCUCCUGAGGGCAGAGGACACGUCUUCUCCCGUGAUCGGGGAGCUGUGGUCUUCAGACCACACGGGCGAGGUCUCUCACAUCGGCCACGGUGGAGGUGGCCCCAGAGACCCCAUUCUGACCCUGCGAGCCUUUGCAGGGCCCCUGAGUCCGUCCAAGGCGGAAGAUUUUCGCCGACUCUGGAAAACCCCGCCUCGAGAGAAAGCGGGAUUCUUCCACAGCGUCAGGAAGUCAGAUCCGGAGAGAGGCAUCGAGAGAGUGGGAAGGCAGCUGGCUCACGAGCUGGGGUAUCCCUGGGUCGAAUACUGGGACUUUCUGGGUUGUUUUGUUGAUCUGUCUUCCCAGGCGGGCCUGCAAAAACUAGAAGAAUAUCUCACCCAGCAGGAAGUGGGCAAAAAGCCCCAACAAGACACAGGAGAAAAUGCAGCCUGUCUGCAGGAGGACGCCUCAGCCCUCGGCCGUCACAGGAAGUGCAGCAAUUCCAUCUCCGUGAGGGCGUUUCUAGAUGAAGAUGAUGACAUGAGCUUGGAAGAGAUCAAAAACCGGCAAAACACAGCUCGAAACAACACCCAGCCCACGGUGGCUGCUUUUGGAGACUCGGGGUGUGACAUCCUUCCCUUGGAGCAGAAGACAGACCUCAUAGAAGCCUCAGCCCCGACCACUCCCCUCAGCAGCAAAAAUGGGUUUUGCAGCCCCCCGAGUGAUGGCACGACCCUGGGUGGGAAGAGGCCAAAGGCCCCAAGUAGGGAGGACGCCUUCCUGUCAACUGUCUCCGGCUUGACUGUGGAGUUUGAUAAACUGAAUUUGCAGAAUCUAGAAAGUAGCUUUUCGAAUAAGACACCCAGUCCAACUGUGAAAACUAGAGAUAAGAGGAUCCUGACAUCAAGAGUGAACACAGCAGAAAGUGACGUGUUAGGACCUCUUGCUGCUGACAAACUCGGGAAUGACCAAGGAAGGACAGAGCACGGAAUGUCAGCUGGAAUGGCUGACAUGUGCCUGGACCCCGACAGUCCCACGCAAGAGGCCCAUCACGGUGGCAGUUCUGAGCCCUCGGGGGUCCCUGCCUCGAAGGAGCCCGUCCAGAGCCUCUUCCUUUUUGGAGAAGAGCCGUCAAAACUGGAUCGCGAUGUUCUGGCGGCCCUGGAGUGUGCGGACGUGGACCCUCACCAGUACCCGGCCCUGCACAGGUGGAGGAGUGCCGUGCUGCGCUACUCGCCCGCGGACAGACAGAGCUGGCCCAGCCCCUCGCUGAAAGGGAAGGUGAAGUCUCAGCUGCUGGACAUCGGUGGCCCUCCUAGCGGCGGCAGCCCCGGGCGCUACAGCCCCGCUCGCAGGGGCCACCUCCACCGGACGGCGCGCCUGGCCCAGCUCGCCGCCUUGUAG